AUGGAGUCGUUCCUGGAGCCGACGUCGGCCUACGUGCCGCCCGAGGCAGUGGCGCUGUUCAACUCGGUGGGCUACACCUUCGUGGGGCUGGCGCUGGGCCUCAUCGUCUUCCUCUGCGUGCGCAAGUUCCUCUUCUUCCUCACGUGGCGCAGCUUCCGCGACGGGCCGUACGUCGUGGGGCAGCACCAGUGGCGCCCGGGCAACUUGGCAGGACCGCAGUGGUGCAACGUGUGCGAAGCCAUCGUCUACGGCAUCCGCAGCUACGUGGUCAAGUGCGACAUCUGCGGCAUGUACGCGCACGCGCAGUGCGCGGCCACUACGAUGCGCUACAAGGGCGUGGCUGGGCCUCCUGCUGCAGGUGGUUCUGCGUCUGCCUCAGCGCUGCCAUUGGCCCCGUCGUGUGUGUGCAGAGCUGCUGGAGUGCUGCCGCCUACUGCCGUUGCGUUGGACGAGAAAGAUGGAACCAAUGCAUUGAGCUCCCCCCAGCAACAGUGUCACAUGUGGAUCAAGGGCAACAUCGACCCGAUGGACUCGUGCUCUCUCUGCGGCCUCUUCUGCGGCAGCAUCUUGGCGCUGUCCGGACUCAAGUGCGCCUGGUGCCACGUGCGAGUGCACGAAGAGUGCUUCCAGCAGGCGCUGGCACGCGCGCACCGGCCGCCGCUACUUCGUCGCUGUGACCUGGGGCGACACGCCAACCUCAUCCUGCCCCCGUCUUGUGUCAUUCUGCACGAACCGGUCUCGAUUGCGACCAAGUCGCAGCGGGCGCUCAACUCGGUGCGUAGUGCCGCGCACAUCGCAGUGACCAAGAUGUCCAACAUCCGACUUCGACGCGGCGCUGCCAGCGGUACAGGGGAGCAAGCCACACCACCGCCAAGUAGUUCGCGGGGUGAGGCCACUACUGGGUGGGAAAGCGCACUCGCGGCUGCAUCCAACGCAGUCUCGGGAUCGGACGGCCUCCCGUACGACCUGCUCGAGACUCCGAAGGAAACGACCCCACUCUUGGUAUUUAUCAACAGCCGCAGCGGUGGCAAAAUGGGGCUUCACGUGCUACGUCAAGUGCGAAAGUGGCUAAACCCGUUGCAGGUGUAUGAUCUAUCGCAUCAGAGCCCUAUUGAGCCACUGCGUAGGUUCAUCGGACUUCCGAGACUGCGCAUUUUGGUCUGCGGUGGUGAUGGAACAGUCGGUUGGGUGCUGGGCGCUCUGGACGAGAUUGGCGCUAUGCGGCAGCCACCAAUCGCUGUUCUGCCGCUCGGUACUGGCAACGACUUGGCUCGUGUGCUCGGUUGGGGUGCGGGCUUUUCGGCUCCGACGGACGUGAGUGAAAUUCUUAGCGAGGUGGAGGCAGCCCACGUGAGCCUGUUGGACCGAUGGCAGGUGAAUAUCGGCGACUCCCAGAAGCGUGCCGUUCUCAACAACUACCUGGGUGUUGGUGUGGAUGCUCAAGUGGCGCUGGAGUUCCAUGAACAGCGUGAACGCUCGCCGGGUUUGUUCAUGAGCCAGUUUGUCAAUAAGCUGUGGUACAGUCAAUUCGGCGCCAAGAACUUCAUUGUCCGGACGUGUGCUGGUUUGCCCGAAAAAAUUGACCUCGUGUGCGACGGCAAGCGCAUCGCACUACCUGAAGGCACGGAGGGCGUCAUUCUGCUCAAUAUCAACAGCUACGGCGGCGGAUCCAAGCUCUGGCAUGACGACGCGGAAUCUGAUAACGAAGACUCCGACGCCAGCGAGACCGACGACGACGAUGACCGAAGCCGGGCGAGCAGCAUCGACAGUAUCGACACCAGUAGCACGCACUUCGGCCCCUCUUCUCCCCACGACGGACUGCUGGAUGUUGUGGCUGUGUAUGGCACAUUGCACCUCGGACAGAUGCAAGUGGGUCUGUCCAAGGCUGUGCGUUUGUGUCAGGCCAAGACGGUGAGUUUGACCCUGAAAGAAACACUACCGGUGCAGAUCGACGGCGAGCCAUGGCUGCAAAAGCCCAGCGAGAUGGACAUUUCCUUCUUGCAACAGGCGUUCAUGCUUAGCCGCACCGUCGAAGAGCGCGACGUGGUGACCAAGAAGGUCGGCGAGGUACUGGACUGGGCAGAACACACCCACGUCAUCUCCUCGAGACAGCGCGACAUCCUGUUGGUCGAAAUCGCUCGUCGAGUCGCUGACAGUGCCGCAUCUCGCCGACACACAGGAUCUCGAGCCUUAGUGGCAACUCAUGACAGACAUUCGUUCGUCAUGGAUAAGUAA